UUGAUACUGUUGGGAAAAGCACCGUGGCUGAAAACUUUUUGGGGAAAAAUGGGAAAAGUAACACGCGUAAAGACUUUAUCCGAGCAUCCGCUGGCAAGAUAAGGAGCGACAGCGAUGGAUUUGCUUGUUUUCUCCCUGGAGCGGGUUUCAAACUGACUAUGGUGUCGAAUGAGGAGAAAACGGAGAUUUUCUCGCAAUUCCAUUGAAAGUAAAUUUACUCAUGGAGAAGGGAGCCAGUCGGGAGUCAUGAGCACAGGUGUGAAGAAGCCUCCAUUAGCUCCCAAACCUAAACUCCCUGCCACCACCAAACCCUCUCCCCCACCCAUCGCCCCUAAACCAGGUCUUCUCUCCCAGUCUACAGUCAUCUCCCAACCCUCCACUGCUACUCUCAAGAGGACUAAACCGGCUGUUGCCCCCAAACCCUGCAUUCCCAAAUCCACGGCCUCGUCUCCCCCCGUUACACCUCCGCCACCCAAACCCAGUGAACCCUUUAUCCUAACUCAGGAACGGCAGGAAGCUUUAGGCGAUAGCCUCUUACUUCUUAACUCCAAAAAUGGGAUUUUAUCAGAGACAAACAAGCGUAACUCGGAUUACAUAAUUCCCACCUGCUCCUGUGGGCUCCAGGAUUGUUCCCAGUGCCAGCGUCUGGAAAACGGACAUGCAACUGAGAUUGGCAGCGAUUUGCACAAGGAACCGUUGCAGAAUGGGAUUUCUACAGAAGGAUUCACAGGGACGAGGCCACACGAGAGAGCAGAAAACCAAGAGGAGGGAGUUGCUGUAGAGAAGGGGGAAGGUGGAGGGAUUAGCAAGAAGCCCAGGGACAAACCUCAAAGACAGAGACACCUGGAUCGGGGAUUGGUCAACAAAGAGACACAGAGGACCGAGGAGCAGAACGCUCCAGAGACUGUCAAACAUCAGGAAAGUGCUGUCGCUGAGCCUGAUGUUUCAAAAGCGAAUGGACAGACUGAGGCCCAAAACACAGAUUUCACAGACUCUACCUGUGAUGUUGCAGGCAGCAUCAUUGUCUCCCCAGGUGUCCCUCCUCAUGAAUCGUCUGCACAGUCCUUUCAGGUAGAAUGCAGCGAAGCAUCUCCUACCAGGUUACACCCUGAUCUGCAGGUCCCCGCUGCCCCCAGCAAACCUCUCCCAGUCCCUCACCCACGCAAACCUAAAAAGCCAGCCCUGGUGAGGCAGGAUGGCGUGGAGGGCAGUGCCCAGGAUCAGGUGGAGGAGGAACAGAGACAGGAGCUUGAGAUGGGAGAGGAUGAGGGGAUACUGAGUCUAGCUGGUCUGUCUCUCGGUUCGGACGGCGAGGAGCUCAAACGGGACACAUGUAAUGACCUUUUACCCCAAAAAGACUCAGGUUUGGGAGAUGACGAGACCAGCGCACCGGUCCCCCCUCUUCGGCAGACCUCCCUCUCCCCUCGCCUUCAAAGACUAGCCCGCAUGCCCCCCUCUCUAAACAAAAACACCUCCCACUCCUUAGUCUUGCUCUCGCACGCGGACUCCAACAGCCACAAAAAAGGGGGAGUGGAGCACCGCGUGGACGAGGAUGAAGAGGACGGGUACGGCGACUUUGAGCGCUACCCGAUAACUCACAGCCUCCCCAAACAGAUCAAACUCGGCUGUCAUCCUCUUCUGGCGAACGCGAGGAAGGCCUUCUCUGCCGAGGAUCAGCGGUCACCGAGGGCGCCACCGAGAAAACCUCAGAGACACAGCCUGCCGACGCCCCCUCCGCCCUCCAUCUGCCCUCCUGCACCUCCACAUGCGAACACCCCGAUGAGGGAGCUGCCCCCGCCCCCUCAGGAGAAAACAGCCUGGCGGUUCACGCGGCCCUGCGUGACCUUCUUCAGCCGGCAGAUGCCCACCAGGAGCAGCGUGCCGCCAAAGAGCCGAGCUCCGGCGCUGGGGGUCAAGCAGAGGGCGCAGUCCUUCUCUGCAGCCGACCUGGCCACCCGGGCCGACUCCCAAAAGAGGAGCCUCUCUUUCAGGAAGCUGCUGGAGCUCCGGCUGUCUGUCAAGAUGCUGCCAAAGCUGCUGGCCAAAGGAGGGCAGACCCUGGACUGUACCAGCGUGGACUCAAGCCCGGGGGGGAAAAGCCUGGAGCGGCCCAGUAGCUGCAUAGUGGAGGCUGAUGUUCGUGGAGAAUACGUAGAGGAAUCGGUGGAGUAUGAGAACGUUCCCCUGUACGAGGAGAUCCCAGAGUACAUGAACCUGCCGUUUCACAGUGCGAGGCCGGGCUGGUCACAUGACCCCGACGGAGCAGAUUCAGACAUCUAUGAAGUGCAGGAUCCCUAUCACAGGUGCCACGAGCAUGAGUACGAGAGUGGCUGGCUGGGGCAGGACGUCCACUCUGAGGAGGAGGAGAUCCACAGUUCAGAUGAAGAGGACAACAGUUCCACCUCGAGCAAGGAGCACCUGGAUGUGGCAGACCGACAGCAGGAGGAUGAGAUGAAGAGGAAGAAGGUGGUGCACAUCGCCCAGGAGAUUAUGAGCUCCGAGAAAGUAUUCGUGGAUGUCCUGAAGCUGCUUCACAUAGACUUUCGAGAUGCUGUUGCAAAGGCUACCCGUCAGAAUGGGAAGCCGGUGGUGGAGGAGCGGAUCCUCAGUCAGAUCCUGUACUACCUUCCACAACUCUACCAGCUCAACAGAGACCUGCUGAGGGAGCUGGAGGAGCGAGUGGCACACUGGAGCGAUCACCAGAGACUGUCGGACAUCUUCGUCCAGAAGGGUCCUUACCUGAAGAUGUACUCCACCUACAUCCGCCAGUUUGACAACAACGUUGCUCUGUUGGACGAGCAGUGCAGGAAAAACGCAGCGUUCGCCUCUGUUGUCAGAGAGUUUGAGAUGAGUCCCAGAUGUGCCAGUCUGGCUCUAAAACACUACCUGCUGAAACCAGUGCAGAGGAUCCCUCAGUACCAGCUGCUGCUCACAGAUUAUCUGAAGAACCUUCCAGAAGACUCAGAGGACUAUAAAGACACACAAGCGGCCCUCAGCAUAGUGAAAGAAGUGGCCAACCACGCCAAUGAUAUCAUGAAACAAGGGGAUAACUUUCAGAAGCUGAUGCAGAUUCAGUACAGUCUCAACGGUCACCAUGAGAUCGUUCAGCCAGGCCGGGUGUUUCUGAAGGAGGGCACUCUAAUGAAGCUGUCCAGGAAAGUCAUGCAGCCUCGCAUGUUCUUUCUGUUCAACGAUGCUCUCAUGUACACCACUCCGGUCCAGUCUGGCCAGUAUAAACUCAACAGUGUCCUCUCUCUAGCUGGGAUGAAGGUGAGUAAACCGAGCCAGGAGGCCUAUCAGAACGAGCUGAACAUUGAGAGCGUUGAGCGCUCUUUCAUCCUGUCUGCCAGCUCAGCUACAGAGAGAGACGAGUGGCUGGAGGCCAUCGCCAAGGCCAUAGACGACUACACGAAGAAGAAAAUAACCUUCAUAUCAAGUCGAAGUCAGGAGGAGGCGGAGGGCGUUGUCGACACCGGGGCCCCGUUGGGUUCAAAGGCUCCCAUCUGGAUCCCAGACCUGAGGGCCACCAUGUGCAUGAUCUGCACCUGUGAGUUCACCCUCACCUGGAGGAGGCAUCACUGUCGCGCCUGUGGAAGGGUGGUGUGUCAGGCGUGCUCUGCCAAUAAGUACUACCUGGAGUACUUGAAGAACCAGCCGGCACGAGUGUGUGAUCACUGCUUUGCCAAACUGCAGGAGAAUAGUGACCGCUGUGCUUCAACAUCAGUUUCUCCGAUCAAAUCUGGAGCUUUCUCCUUCUCUAGGAAACAGAAGAAGAUUCCUGCUGCACUAAAAGAGGUGUCCGCCAACACUGAGAACUCCUCCAUGAGCGGCUACUUAAACAGGUCAAAAGGCUACAAGAAGCAGUGGAAGAGGCUGUGGUUUGUCAUUAAGAACAAAGUCCUGUACACAUACGCUGCCAGCGAGGACGUUGCAGCGUUGGAGAGUCAGCCUUUGCUCGGUUUUUUCCUGAGGGAGGAGAAGAACGGUCCGGCCCAGAAGCUGCAGUUUAAGCUGUAUCACAAAAAUACGCUGUUUCACAUCUUUAAAGCCGACGACAUCCCCACCGCUCAGAGAUGGAUCGAAGCCUUCCAAGAGGCAAUGAUUCUUGAACAGUAAUAUCAGCUUUACAGCAGUGAAGUCACAUGGCAGCCCCGGAGCCAGUUGAUAGACAACUCACGACCCCUGAUCGAUCUCAGGUCAGCGGUCACCAGCUCAGGAAGGACUCCGGAUGGACUGUUUACUUCAAACAGAAACUCACUGCAAAAGAAACACACACUGCUUAUCCCUCAAAGAACUCUAAAACAUAUCAUCAGUACCAACAACACCUACUGAUGCUCAGCAGACGUCAGAGUUAAGCGUUUGUCGCAGCCGUGGGUCACAUGUCAAGUCCAGAAGCGUGUCUGUGGAAGUGAGACAGAACAGUUGUCGGGAAUAUUUAAAGUUCUCGGAUAUCCGAGGAAGUCUUGGAAUUACUUUUAACUGCAAACGGAUGAAGGAAUUACUUUUUGUGUGAAACAAAAUAUACAAAACUGGCCGUCUUCUUUUGAUCAGGUUGAUAUUUGCUAGUUUAAAACCUACUGUGUCAUUUCUGUGUCACAAAAUACACACACAUUGUUAAAUAUUCAAACUAGUAAGAUUUUCUCACCUGAAUUAUAAAUGCAAAGUAUCGCCGAUGUCUGUUCAAGAGUUUAACCGUGUAACUAGGUGGGAUUUUACUGUGAAAAUCCGGCUUCUACAGAGAAACAGGAAGUUGAUGUUCUGCUCUUUUAGUUGAUCUCUCUGGUUAAGAGAUUUUACUCCUGCGUUUUUCAAUUUAACAUACAAAACAUUUAAAUGAUGGGUUGAAGAAAUAAUGUCCUGGAGAAAACUGGAAAUGUCAUGAAUAAUGUAGAUAUUUUACAAUCAGUUUUUUAAAUGUGUUUUGCCUGUUAAGCCACAUUAGAAAUGGUUAAUGGGUAAAACUGCGUAUAAGGACAUGAAAGAGUAACAUUGACCUUUUUUUUAUAUCAAAGCCAAGAGCUAAUAUUUAUAAAAUAGGAAGAUUUAUUGUUUUAAAAGCACAGGCUGCCGCUUAUUUUGGGAGUCAGGGUUUGUUAGGAAAUAUGUUUCCAUCAGUUAUUAUUUUAAAUUUAAAAGAAAACUUCUUAUAGAUGAAGGGGAUUUUUUUUAAUAAUGUGGAAAGUAUGCACAAACUAUAUUUCUAAGGAAAUGCUCAAAAGAAAGAAAACAUUUUGGAUUUUGAUGCUUGUUUAUGCAGACGUUGUGCCUUAUAUCUCCUGUUUUGAGAUGAAUUGCAAUAAUAUAGGUGCUGUCUGACAUUCUUCACUAAAUAAGGACAAUUUAAGCAUCCAGUUUGCAUGACUACUCACUUUCUAGCCAGGGUACUGGAGGUUUGUAGUUUUUAAAAACAGUCAUUUAUCAGGUCUGUUUCCUCUUGGUUAGGUUGCUGUAUGUUGCACUUCCCAGUUAUGGCAACUUUUAUAGUGGGAGAAACCCAAAUCCUGCUUUUUAUAGUGAAGGAAUACAACGGUUAAUUCUGUCAGUAGAGCUCUUCGGCUGCUGUCAUACGAUUUCAUGUGUGCCUCUCGUUCAGAUGUGUGUUGGUGAGGUAUAAAUCUGCUAGUCGGGAGCUAUACCCAGCAUGCAUUUCUUCAUGAUUGUACAUUAACAGUGACCAUGUGUAAACAUCUACUCUAUCAGAGAGUCUUCUAUAAACAAUGAUUCUAAACUGUCAGGCAACAGUUUUUAAUUAA